ACAGGUGUGUGCUGGUGGUCAGCGUGUGGCGUGACACGCCCAUCUUGGCAGCAUGGUGAAAGCCCAGCAGUCGGCAUUGAGGAAGAGCUCUCAUUGUCUCCGCAGACAGAGUGGCGGUCGGAUGGAGGUGGAGACGGAAGAAGUCCAGCCUAACAGCCAGCCUCAGUCCCAAGGAGGAGCGCAGUCCCCGGAUCAGUCUCGACCCCCGGGCAAAGCUCAAACUAAGACCUCCACUGGCAACGAGAGCGAGGGGGAAACCCCAAUGGAGGUCCAGAAAAAGGGAGAUUCACGUUAUCAUGCCCAGGCCAAAACUCUCUGGAAGCCCAUCCCCCCGUUGCAGCCGCAGGAAGAGCACCAGAGCGACCCCACUCCCUCCACCAGAGACCAGAGCUGUCAAACUGAGGAGCUGCAACAGCAGAGCAUCCCAGGUAGCAGCAUGCACAUCCCAGGUACCAGCCAGCUGAAACACAUGCUGCUGAGAGAAGUGGACACCAUCUUUGAGUGUAAAAUAUGUCGCAGUCUGUUUCGAGGCCUGCCCAACCUCAUCACGCACAAAGAGUACUACUGUCUGCCACGCCUUUCAGAACUUGACGGUCCAUCAGGCGAUGACAGACAGAGCGUGGCUGUUAAGGACCUGUUAGAUGGCCUCUAUCCCAGAAAGGACCAGUCAGAUUAUGUGGUCCGCCUGGAGCCCAUUCAGACCACCACAAAGGCUGUGUUCCAGUAUGUGACCACAGAAGAGGAUCUGUCCAGAUACCCACAGAGCAUGCCCAGACAAAGCCCAGUGGAGUGGGGAGACCAGGAGGAUGUUGUGGAAAACCAACAGCUCAGCCAGCCGGGAGGACCAGAAAGCCACAGCACCCAGUCACAGGGCCAGAGGAGACAGGAGGCAGAGGAGGAGGCCAGAGAGGAGGCGCCACAGCCCGAAGAAGAAGGGUCUACUAGUGGGGUGGAGGAUGUGACCAUCUCCUGCUGUCUGUGCGGCAAGGACUUCAACUCGAGGCGCAGCAUCCGGCGGCACUGCAGGGAGAUGCACCAGACCAAAUUGGAGGAGCUUCGAAAGUUCACCGAGACCCGCACGGUUCCCACAAGCCUGUUGUCCCUUGUGAAAGGUCGGCCCAGAACUCUUAACACCCCCACUGGGAAGUCCUGCCCAGUGUGCUUUAAAACGUUCGCCACCAAAGCCAACGUGCGCCGCCACUUUGACGAGGUGCACUGCGGGAUGCGGAGGGACUCCAUAUCGCCAGACAGCGCCUCAAGGCCCAGCCAGCCCCUUUCUCCGGAAGGCGCAUCCCCGAGAAAGGGCACCAAUGCCUCACAGACACGGGGGCACAUCCCUAAGACCCCCCCUCUGAACUCUAAAGGAGCCGCUAAGAACCAGAACCAGGCCAAGCCUCAGAACCAGACCCCAGCUCAGCCCCAGUACAACCUGGCCUCCUGCCGCUGCUUGCUUUGUAAGAAGAACUACAGCUCCCAGGUGAUGCUGAAGAGGCACAUGCGCAUUGUUCAUAAGAUAUACAACCUGAAGGGGACUGUUAGCACGUCAGCCUCUGCGGCCACACCGAACGGAAGCAGUAACAAAGUGACAGCUACACAGGCCAACAAUGUGCGAGUGAAGAAAGAAGUGCUGGAGCGCUCGGACAGCGACGAUGAAGACGAAGACGAAGAUAUCGACAGCAGCCCUGCCUCAUCUCCUGGCACUGGCAACUGCAGCAAGACGGUAAAGGUUGUAGGGGUGGCUGCUGAGGGCAUAAAUGUGAAAGAGGAAGAGACUCUGUUGGGCCCCAAGCCAACAAUGUCGUCUACGUCGGUGGGGGUGCGGGGGAGUAACUUGAGUGUCAAGAUGCCCAAACUCUCGGUGGGGUUCGACUUCAAGCAGCUCUUCUGCAAGCUGUGCAAGCGUCAGUUCAGCUCGCGCCAGAACCUCACCAAACACAUCGAGCUGCACACAGACGGCAAUGACAUCUUCAUCAAGUUCUACCGCUGCCCGCUCUGCCGCUAUGAGUCGCGCCGCAAGCGUGAUGUACUGCGCCACGUCACUGUGGUCCACAAGAAGUCAUCGGGCUACCUGGCAAAGAUCAUGCCCAAGCUGGAGAGCCGGGCGGUGAAGCGGCCGGCUGAGGUGGUCCUCAACAACUCUAACUCAGCCAAGAGGGUGAACAGCAGUGUCAAGGAGGAGGUCAACGGGCGCCACACCUCCUCGUCUUCCUCCCCGCCCUCCCCUCCCUCAUCCACUCAUAGCACUCGCAAACAGGACCACCACUCCUCCUCCACCACCUCCACUUCCACCACAGUCCCAGUCUCCACGUUGGCCUCCUCCUCCUCCUCUUCCUCCUCGCCGCCGCCCCCCGCACUUGCCACAAGGAAACAGCAAGAACUCUCCUCCUUAUCAGCAUUCACCCUCUCUCCUCCUGUCACGCGUAAGCAGGAUAAGCAGCAGACCCCCCAGCAGGGCUCCAGCAGCCCCCCACUAACCCGACGCAGUGACAAGCUCACACACCACAACUUCGCCUCCUCCUCGGCCAACCCCCAGACACCACACACCCGACGCAACGAUGCCCAGUCGGAGAGCAGCAGCACCGGGUCCACUUCCAAUGAAGUCAAGGUGACCAAAAACUUUUCCCUCCACGCCUGUGACCAGUGCGGACGGGCUUUCGCCAAGAAGUUGUACCUGGAGUCUCAUAAGCGCAGCCAUCGAAACGCCGCAGUGGCGGCAGCAGCAGCAAGCAGCUCAGGAGAGAACAGGAGGAAGGGAGUUAGUACACGGUCCAAAGCCCUGCUCUGGUGAAAAGGACACGGUUCUCCACUGGGGAUAAGCAGACGAGCGAGCCAUUUAAUAGUGAUGAAGAGGAGAAUCACUGCUUGCAACUUGGAAAACAAAAU